AUGAGCUGCUGCAGGAAACAAAGCUCUUCCCCGUUGGGUUUUAGGAAGGAGCUUUGGGCUCCUGUCCUGGCAGGGUGGGCUGGUGCAGGCAUGGGGAGUGUGGGCAAUGAGAGGUCUCUGUGCUCAGUGCUCAUGGACUGCUUCCCAUGCUUCAGGACUCAGCCUCUGGGAGAGGAGCUCCCAGAACUCAUCAGGCACGGCCGGGAGAGGAUAGAACAAACCAUCAAGGCCUCUGGCUCCAGGCUCUGCUCAUAUGCUGAGCGAGUUGUUUUUUUAAUGGAUCGCUCCCGGAGCCCAGACAAAAGCAGCCAGCCUUCAAUGCCAACUGACAACAUCAACCUCGGACCUUCUGCUAACCCCAAUGCCAAGCCGACAGACUUUGACUUCCUGAAGGUUAUUGGCAAAGGAAGCUUUGGAAAAGUUCUCCUGGCCAAACGCAAGUGUGACGGGACCUUUUAUGCAGUCAAAGUCUUACAUAAGAAAACCAUUCUCAAGAAAAAGGAGCAAAACCACAUCAUGGCAGAACGCAACGUGCUCCUGAAAAAUGUCAAGCACCCCUUCCUUGUGGGACUCCACUAUUCCUUCCAGACCUCAGAGAAGCUUUACUUUGUGCUUGACUAUGUAAAUGGAGGAGAGCUCUUCUUCCACUUGCAAAGGGAGCGCUGUUUCCGUGAGCCCCGGGCCCGGUUCUACGCUGCAGAAGUGGCCAGUGCCAUUGGGUACCUGCAUUCCCUAAACAUCAUCUACAGGGACUUAAAGCCUGAGAACAUCCUCCUGGAUUGCCAGGGACACAUAGUAUUGACAGACUUUGGACUCUGCAAAGAAGGAAUGGAGCAAGAGGAGACAACUUCUACCUUUUGUGGCACUCCUGAGUAUCUGGCUCCCGAGGUGCUAAAGAAGCAGCCCUAUGACAGGACAGUAGACUGGUGGUGCCUAGGAGCUGUCCUCUAUGAAAUGCUCUUUGGACUGCCUCCUUUUUACAGCCGGGAUGUGUCUCAGAUGUAUGACAACAUUCUGCACAAGCCACUACAGAUCCAAGGAACCAAGACUGUGGCAGCUUGUGACAUCCUUCAGGGACUUCUCCACAAGGACCAGAAGAGGAGGCUGGGUGCCAAAACAGACUUUCUUGAAAUUAAGAGCCACGUAUUCUUCAGCCCAAUAAACUGGGAUGAUUUAUAUCACAAGAGGAUUACUCCUCCAUUCAACCCCAAUGUGGCUGGCCCAGCUGAUCUGCGGCACUUUGAUCCUGAGUUCACCCAGGAAGCCAUCUCUGCCUCCAUCACCCGCACGCCUGACCUGGCAGCCAGCAGCUCCAGUGCCUCAGAUGCAUUUUUAGGAUUUUCAUAUGCACCAACUGAAGAGGACAUUUAAGUUUUACAAAGGCUUUGUCAAGCCAUAUUUUAAAUGAAUGGGUUUUAUGGUGUUUUUUUUUUUUUUUUUUUUUGGUUUUUUUUCCUUUUGAGAGGUUUGGUACUGUCCUUUGCUCAUGGUUUAAGGAAGUUGGCACUAACACACUAACUGGCUGGGAUGGAACAGAGCUCUUAAUUUUUGCUGUUUGGUGGAUUUUGUCCCUAAAUGAAUGUUUCCCUCUCAGAGAAAGUGCGACACUGACUAUGAUUUUCCCUGAGUGUCUUGUGCUACUUGGCAGAAUUGUAUUCACUCUGUGGUUAUAUUUAUGGUUGAGGU